ACUACAAUUCCCAUCAGACGGCGGGAAGCGAGGGCUUGCUCGGCCCCGCCUCUACCGCCGUGGCCCCGCCUCCUCCGGCCCGCGGAGGCUGCGCUGUCUGGCGGGCGCGCUUUUCCGGAGCUACGCGGGACUCGCUGGACAGAGCUCAGAGGGCGUGGUGCUGCUUCCUCCAGCUGUCCGCUGCGUAUUUGCGCCCUCCAUUUAGGAAUCUGUCCCUCACUGUCCUGGUACCCCCACGCCUCUCAGCCCCUGACCUUCGCCCUCGGAGGUUCUGGCCAGGUGCCGGACGGGGCGCUGUGUCAAGGGCGACCCCUCAGAGCAGCGUCCUGUGCUAAAGGUGCUGCUUAGGAUGAAUAUGAUUUGGAGAAAUUCCACUUCUUGUCUAAGGCUAGGAAAGGUGCCACAGAGAUACCAAAGUGGUUACCACCCAGUGGUUCCUCUGGGAUCAAGGAUUUUAACUGAUCCAGCCAAAGUUUUUGAACAUAACAUGUGGGAUCAUAUGGAGUGGUCUAACGAAGAAGAAGCAGCCGCCAGAAAAAAAGUAAAGGAAAACUCAGCUGUGCGAGUCCUUCUGGAAGAGCAAGUUAAGUUUGAGAGAGAAGCUAGUAAAUACUGGGACACAUUUUACAAGAUUCAUAAGAAUAAGUUUUUCAAGGAUCGUAAUUGGCUGUUGAGGGAAUUUCCUGAAAUUCUUCCAUUUGAUCAAAAAACUGAAGAGAAGGCAAGAGAAUCGUCAUGGGAUCAUGUAAAAACUAGUGCUACAAAUUGUUUCUCAGGAAUGGACUGUCCUACUGUGCCUGAAGAAAAAAGUCAUUAUGUGAAAAGUUCUGGCUCUUCAGAAGGUCAAAGCAAAACAGAAUCUGAUUUUUCCAACCUAGACUCUGAAAAACACAAAAAAGGACCUAUGAAGACUGAAUUGUUUCCUGGUAGCAAUGCCAGUUUCAGGAUAUUAGAGGUUGGUUGUGGAGCUGGAAAUAGUGUUUUUCCAAUUUUGAACACUUUGCAGAACUCUCCAGAGUCCUUUCUUUAUUGUUGUGAUUUUGCUUCUGGAGCUGUGGAGCUCGUAAAGUCACACUCGUCCUACAGAGCAGCCCAGUGUUUUGCCUUUGUUCAUGAUGUAUGUGAUGAUGGCUUACCUUACCCUUUUCCAGAUGGAAUCCUGGAUGUCAUUCUCCUUGUCUUUGUGCUCUCUUCUAUUCAUCCUGACAGGAUGCAGGAUGUUGUAAACCGACUCUCCAACUUACUGAAACCUGGGGGAAUACUGUUAUUUCGAGACUAUGGAAGAUAUGAUAAGACUCAGCUUCGUUUUAAAAAGGGACAUUGUUUAUCUGAAAAUUUUUAUGUUCGAGGAGAUGGUACCAGAGCAUAUUUCUUUACAAAAGGGGAAGUCCACAGUAUGUUCUGCAAGGCCAGUUUAGAUGAAAAGCAAAAUCUGGUUGAUCGUCGCUUACAAGUUAAUAGGAAAAAACAAGUGAAAAUGCAUCGAGUGUGGGUUCAAGGCAAAUUCCAGAAACCAUUGCACCAGACUCAGAAUAGCUCCAAUAUGGUAUCUACACUCCUUUCUCAAGACUGAACUUUGUAACAUGUUAAGAUACAAAGCCAGAGGACUAUGCUAUUUAAGGACUACUGUAAGUCUUUUGUGUCCCAAAAGACAAUGAGAAAAAAAAAAAAGAGAAUUUGUAUUUCCUGCUGUUUUGUCAUAGACAUGGUGUCUUACAAAUGUAUUGAGAGAGAUUGAGGAGUUGCCUAUGGAAUGGAAUGGAGUGAGGUCAGAGAUCAGUGGCAAGGAAGACCACAUAAAGGUUUUUGCACAAACUUGCCUUGAUGGCAAGUCCUCAGAAGUAGUUAUCAAGCUUUCUGUUCAAACAUGCAUAAAUCAGUAAAUGUAAACGUUAAAAUUUGCCCAAGACUCUUAACUCAGUUGUAUUUCAUAAUUAAAGUGUACAUUAAAAAGCCAAACUAGUAAUGAAAGUAUUACAUACAACAGGGGCAGUUUAGAUAAGUUAAUGUUGCUAUGGGAACCCCAGCAGAUCUCCUUGUGUCUCCAUUUAAAAAUCAUGGCCCAAGGUGGUUUUAAAAACAACAGAAGGUAAAAUUAUUCUCACAUUCUCACACAUGUAAAUUGUACUGUCUCUCUCAGUUCUAAAUAGCGGAUUCAAGCCAGCCUCUUGACUGGCACAGUAAAAUUCGGCUUCGUGUCUUAUUCUAUAAUGUAUUACAGCAUGUGAGUUAACCUUUAGAAGCUUCAAAAAUACAUCAACCAAAUUUGGACUGUGAGACACAAACUGGUCUCUUUUGGGCUCUGUCCAGCAUAGCCCUUCUAUUCCACAUGGCUGCGCAGCAGGGCCAUUUCCACCAGUGUCUUCUACUUGCCUGGUCAGUCUUUCUCUCUCUUAAUCUACCUACAGCAACUUCCUUCUCAGGGUUUGCUGCUAGAAAAAAUGUCGAUUUUGGUAGAGAAAGAAAAGAGAAAAACCUAUUUGGAAUUUUGUCUAUAGAUGUUAAGAAAUCAUGAAGUGUUGCAAAUGUAACUGCUUGGGUAUUAGUUUAAAAUAUUUGAUAACUGCAUGAAAUUCUGAUUUACCCCUCAAAUCCAUAAAGCUAGGACCAGUUGGUUAGGCAGAGUUUGAUAUUUAAAAAUUCAUCUUCUGAGAGAGCUGAAUUUCAAAAGGACCAUUUUCUUUCCAGCAGUAAAAGGUAUAUUCUUUCAUCUUCUUAUAAUAUAGAAACAAUGGAAUAUAUUUUUUAAAUGCAUCCUUCAUUUUUUUUCUCUAUUUCUAAAAAUUCACUUUUGAGCAUUGUCCAAAUGUAAAAAUUCUCACACAUGAGGAACUGUUUCCAAAGGUUCUGAGAAAGUCAAGGUAACAGUGUCUAUUAUUAAAAGUUUUGCAUUCGGUAUGACACAUUUGCCUGUAUUGAAACACCCAUUUAACACUGACUUCUGAGAACUUAUUUGCUUUGCCAGUCUCAGUUCCAUAUGCUUUGUCUCCAAAUUGUGAACAUGUUCCAGUUUCUACCGGUAUGUGAUUCUGUGUCAUUGCUGUACUCUAGUUUGCACGUGAAAAUUCACCCAUAUGCAUCUCGCUGCCCUCUUGGAGGAAAAAAAGCCAUCAGAACCAUCUGGAUUGUUAAACCCCAAAACUUCCAACUCAUCAAAGUCCUGAAGCCUGAAUAGAUCACACAUUGUUACUUCUCAUUGGUUUUGAUGUUUGUUAUGCUCCUCACAAGUGCAGAUAACUUCACAUUUGCAUCGCUAAUAGACCUCUUUCAAAGCCUCUGCUCCUCCUGCUUCCUGCCUCUAUUAGUCAUCAGGAGACUUUGUGUUGGCGUGGGUAUUUUCCCCGCUUGUGAAAGUGCAUUGUCAAUUCUAGAGCAUUGAAUAUAUGUGAGGUAUUGUUAUUAAUAACAGCAUUUGCAGUCUGCAAGACAGUACACACAGUAUUCCAGCAACAUAGACUUUUUCAAAGGUUUUAUGAGACAUUGUAAGAAAGACAGUAUUUUUCAUUGGAAAAAAGUGUUGCCUCAGAGUCAAACAGGAAGCAUGGGUCCUAGCUCCUAUUGAACUGCUUACUACUCUUAAUUUAGCUCUGAAUGCCAGAUUUCAUGUAUACUGUAUGCAUUAUUUAAUCCUCAAACUCCUACGAAUUCAUUUUUAUGAUAACCAUUUACAGAACACAUGUUGGGUAACUUGCUCAGGAUAUCACAUCUAGUAAGUAGCAGAGUCACAACGAAGACCCAGAACUGUGUGAUUCCAAAACCUCUACUCUACCCGCUGCACUUAUAACGGAUGGGCCCAAAUGCUGCUGGGAAAGGCAGCGGGGAAGAAAGAGAGCUUCUGAAUCAGAAAACGAUAGCAGUGGAGAGGAGUUUGUUUCGGACGACCUUCAAGGUUAUGGCUCAUUCUAGAUCCAACCAUUCUAGCAAAUAAGUAGGUUACACUUGUCCACAAUUACAAAUUGGAAAGGAAGAGAAGGAAAGGAACUGAGAGGAAUGACAAAGCAAAAAGCUUUCAAUCAGUUCUUUUCAGCAUUUUGCCUCUGCCUCGUUCUGCACUUGCCCCACCCCCUCAGGCUUCAGCCUUCCACUUGGCAUCCCUCCUUGCAGAGCACUCUCACUUGCAUACUCCUCACUUAAAGAAAAAAAAUCGUUCUGUACUGCAAGGGGAAAAAAGAAACCCUUAAAAUGUCUUCAAAAGGAUUCAGCUCUAGGGUAAUGUAAAAUAUGUGAAAUCAGGAGGUGUCAGUAAUAAAAUAUGAGUGAAAACAUCAUUAUUUAAAACAUUGUAUGUACAUUAAUGCCACAUUAAUACCAAUUCAAGCAUGAAAUGUUGAACAUUUCUUGGAAUACGAUUUCUUGGAAUAUGGUUUGAGAUUUGAGAAGCACAAAGGUACCCGCAAGAUGGCUUUGGUGUAGUUAUAAAUAUAAAUAGAAGUAAAAUAACAGUUGCAUCUUCAUUUAUAAUGAAUCUAUAUUGUGGCCUCAAAUCUACAGAGAAAAGUGGAUGCCAAAAUCUGUCUUUCAUUUACAUAUGUCUUAAAUGACAGGGAAGAGGUGUUGAAGAUAAAAUUACUUUUUCCUAUGAGUAUGAAUCAGCAACAUGCAGUAACAAGCAAGUAAUAAUAGUUCUGCGUGUGAGUGCCUACAGAGGGUAAGAAAAAUAGCAUCAGAUUAAAAAAGCAAGUGCACCUGCAGGAGGGACCUAGGAGGCUGCAGAGCACAGCUCCCUUGAGCACCAUCUCAAAGUGUCUCAGAGCACAGUGACCCUAAUUCUGGCAAGGCAGGUUGGCAUAAAAUGGAUGCAGCACACCGAAAUCUCCAGAUGGUCAGACAGCCCACCCUCAGCUGCCCCUGGAUCUCAGCAGAGGCAAGCUAACAGGCACCUCCACUUGGCCAAGAGUUUAAAACAACAGCUCCUGAUUCUAUAGUGUCUGUGGUUUCACAACCACUUAACCUUAAGUAAGGAACAGCCAGAGGCAGCUGAAUGAAUAAAUACAUGUUAACGUUACAGAAAGAGGAAAAAAAUCAAUACUUGAGGAACACAUGGACUUCAAAUAGUGCCCAGGUAGCUGUGUCCUUGGCAUCCCAGUGAUCUGGCUCUUUAUCUUUCUUUGAUUUUCUCCAGCAGGUAGCCACUAAGUAGAUCCAGGCCCCAGGGCGUGAAAUGCUUCUCUCUAUCAGAUGUUACCUAUCAAAUAAAAUGAGCCUUCGAUUGCCUCCUAAAAAGCCCCAAGCAUCAUCUUUCCUAGUUGGGCUAAUGAGGUUUGGUCCAGGAAAAUGGAAUUUUGUUAUGCUUAUGAAAAUUAUUUGGCCAAAUGUUUUCAAUCCAUUGCUCCUAGUUCACUGCAGAAAACACAGAAAUUAAUUUUUCCUCAUUUAAUCUUUAUAUAUCAAGUAUUGGUUGUUUCAAAAAACACUGGAGAAAGACAGUCGCCCUUUGGGCUUUUAAGGCUUUUUCACAGGGAACAAGCACUAAACCUGUGUGACUUCCUAAAAUUAGCAGUGAGCCGGCUGCUGAGUCCAUUGCAUUAGUGUUUUUUGUUUGUUUUUUUUGUUUUGUUUUGUUUUUUAAUGCUAUGUACUUAGAACAAGCAACACUACAUAAUUGCUGCCUCAUUUCUCUCACCUGCCUCCUGAGAGCAAUUUGUGUUCCUCCUAAGGCGGUCCGGCUGAACAGAAUGCUUGGUGUAAAGAAUUCGAUCGCUCUCCUUAGGGCUUUAGUUGUGCCCUGUUCCCUCAGGUGAGCAGAGACACAGCCCCCUAAGCAGUGUUUGGCACUCGCACUGAAAAUUGCCUGAAAGAGAAUGGCUGAAAUUGCCAGCAUCACAUGCUGCAUCGAAACAAGAAAGAAAUUUCUGCCUCCAAGGAUAAUUGCUUUUCUCAUUGCUCAUACUUUUUCUUUCACAGUCCUCAUUUAUUUUAAUAUUUAUAUUUUUACUUUGACUUUCUAGAAGAUAUUUUUAAAGUUUCUUUUUAAUCUAAAUGAAAGAUGAAAUUCAGCAUCCCAAAAAGCAUGGAAAACCUAUCCUUUACAUGAAUAUAUUCUUAAUCCACCAGUCUGAGUGUCUCUUCAUUUGCAUCUUUGUUUCCUAAUAGAACACCUGGGCUCUGGAGAUUAGUGAGACAAAGCUUCAUUAUAACCUUCCUUGUUUUACCAUUUCUUCCAUGGUUUCUCUCCCUAAAUCACUCUCCAGGUGCUUCUUUCUCUUGCCAAAUAGUGCAAGGAAAUACUUUUGCAUAUCUUUUGUUUACUUUAGGAAAAAAACAUGGAUCCAGUCUUUCCCAUUUGGGACUGCUGCUCAUUUCCUGACUGGCCUUUAAAGUUUGGCUCAGUAGCAACUUGGGGACUCGUUUUCUACCCACAGUGAAAGGAGCUGGGUGCCCAGCAGCCCCAUGCUGGCAUGAGAAUUAAGUUUUGCUCAUUCCCUGGAUAAGCAAACUGACGUUGUCCUCAUAGAUUUUUUCCCCAAUUCUCAAAGCUUUAAUGCAUACUCAUUUAGCUUUAACUUUUAAAAAGAUAUUUUAAUAGUGUUAUUUUUCCUCCAAGCUCAUGCGGAAGCUGAUCAUGUGCACGAGGAAGUUCUAGAGCAUAAAGAAUUACCUCUUCACUGUUUUUCACCUACUACCUCACACACUACACAACACAUCCAGGGCUUACCUCUACUCCAAUUUCAUUGGCAAUUACCUGGCCUGGUACAGGAGGAACUGUGACACCAAAGGAAUUUGACUUGGGUUACCUCACUUUCUAAGUUCCCAAGAUUGCCAAGUUAAGGAAGCUUUGGUUAUUACAUAGUUGAACAUUUUCUUAUUUCAUGUAAGUUUUGUAAAAUAUUCUGUGAUUUCUUCUCCUCUUUGGCACAUUUACAUUAAAUUUUAUUCUAGUUAUGUAA